UAUUGGUGUGAAAGGGUCUGUUUUGGAUAGUUUUGAUGGGUCUGGUAUAGAAGGAGCAACCAUCUCAGUCCAAGGUAUCAACCAUGAUGUUGUAUCGGUGCAGUAUGGUAACUACUGGCGACUGCUUCUACCAGAUACCUAUAAUAUCACUGUCAAGGCUGAAGGAUAUUUUAGUAUGUCUCGUGAUGUGGUAGUAACAGAGGAUGAAGUCACCAGAGUUGACUUCAGACUCAGAUCCAAAACAAGAUUCAUUGAGCCUGUCCCCAUAGUUCACCACACCCAAGAUUCUAUGAUUGAAGAUCUGACAGACAUUACAGAUCGCUACCCCAACAUCACACAUCUCUACUCCAUAGGAAACUCUGUGCAGGGUAGGCAGAUCAUGGCCAUUGAGAUCUCAGAUCGUCCAGGUGUCCACGAGCCAGGCGAGCCUGAGAUGAAGUAUGUUGCUGGUAUCCAUGGCAACGAGGUUGUGGGUGGAGAGAUGCUGAUGCUGCUGAUCCAGUUCCUAUGCGAGAACUAUGAGACGUCGGACAAGGUCAGGUGGCUGGUGGACAACACAAGGAUCCAUCUGGUCCCAAGCAUGAACCCUGAUGGCAAAGCCAUAGCUUUUGAAGGUGACCAAGAAUCUGUCGUUGGUCGCAACAACCAUCGUAAUGUGGACCUCAAUCGUAACUUCCCUGACCGGUUUGGUCGUAGCGAGGGCACCAUACAACCAGAGGCCAAGGCCAUCAUGGAUUGGACGAAGAAACACCCAUUUGUGAUCUCCGCAGGUCUCCAUGGAGGGUCUAUUGUGGCUAAUUACCCAUAUGAUAGUAAUAGCGAGAGCCAAGAAUCCAUGUACUCGGCAUCUCCGGAUGAUGCCAUGUUCAAGCAGCUAGCUCUAGCCUUUGCUAAUUCACAUGGAAUGAUGUAUAAGGGAUUCCCUUGCCCUGAUGCGUAUCCCAAUGAGAAGUUUGAGGGCGGUAUAACCAAUGGAGCAAAAUGGUACCUCGUUGAUGGUGGGAUGCAGGACUGGAACUAUGUGAACACAAAUACCAUGGAGAUAACAGUUGAGAUGAGCUGUGUGAAGUUUCCACUCACUGCUGAUCUACCUCAAUAUUGGAAUGAUAAUAAAAUGUCUCUUCUUAGCUUCAUGCAUGAAGUUCAUAGAGGAAUACAUGGUUUUGUGUUAGACCGUGCAGGAAAGGGAAUAAGCCAUGCACACAUCAUUGUAGAAGGCAUUGAACACAAUGUGAGCACGGCAAAAUAUGGCGACUUCUGGCGACCUUUGACCCCUGGAAUCUACAACAUUACUGCACAUGCUGAAGGAUAUGCACUGCAAACCCAAGAAAUGAUUGUCUACCCUGGUCCAGCGACCCAGGUCAACUUCACCUUGGUAACAGAAGGGUCAGAUGAUGGUCAACUGGACCUACCAUUGGAUGAAUGGGCAGCUCGGUAUGACUUCUCCAUCUCACAAAACUUCAGUGGAUACCAGACCAACGAUGAUCUGGCUAGAGUUUUGCUGGAGUAUCAAGGGUCAUACCCAGACAUCAUUGACCUUUCACCUUUGGGUCAAACAAGGUCAGGCAACAGUAUCUGGAUGGUGGAGAUGGGAAAGUACAGGAAAAUGGAUAAUGAUAUCGACAUUCCCAGAGUGGCCUUGAUUGGUGGUUUGAGAGGGGAGGAGCCUGUUGGCAGGGAAUUGCUAUGGCGAUUCAUCCAUCAUUUAGGAGAAGGUUACCAUGCCAAUGAUGACAGGGUUGUGAGACUCCUGAAUAGCACCCGUCUGACGAUCAUCCCAGCUAUUGACUAUGAUGGCUAUGGCCUGGCUCAUGAGGGAGAUUGCACAGGUAGCAUGUAUGAGGGAGACUUUACUCCAAAUAGCUUUGGACCCGAUGGGGAACUGUUAUCUCAGAGACCGGAAUUAGUUGCACUUCAUGAUCUGUUCUCGGAGCAUAAUUUCAGUUUGGUGCUUUCCAUUGAAUCCAGUGGCAUGUGGGUCAGGUACCCUUAUGACAACCCUAACUCUGAUCAUGGAUCAACCACUGAGGACAACAUGCUGUUCUUUGAAAUAGCUAAUGCAUAUGCAUCAGCCGAUUCCAUUCUUAGCGGAGGGGUGAAGUGCAAUGGUCAUACCUAUGGUGCUGGGGUAGUGAAUGGGGCCAAAUGGAAAAACACAAGGAAUACACUCCAGGACUACUUAUAUACACAGAAAAGUGAAUUCAUGGUAACUGCUCAGAUAUCAUGUUGUAAGUAUCCUGACCAUGUGGAGCUUGAGAACCUAUGGAGGACCAAUCUAGAAUCACUCUUGAAAUUCACUGAAAAAUCACACCAAGGUAUUCGUGGUAAGAUCCAAACUGCUGAUGGAACCCCUCUGCCCUCUGCUGUCAUUCACCACGGAGACCAUACACAUGUCCUUAUCCCUGAUGGAGACGGGAUGUUCCGACGUAUGAUGCCUACAGGUGUACAUGGCGUUACCGCAUCAGCACCAGGCUACAUGCCUCUUACUAAAGAUGUCCAUGUAACUAUGAAUACAGUUAGUGAAGUUGUAUUUGAAAUGGAGAAAGAGCCAGGAAUGACAUACCAUCAUUAUAAUGAUACAACAGAGAUGUUGAAAAAUCUUACUGCAUCUUAUCCUCACCUAACACAUUUGAAAAGUAUUGGUGUUAGUGUUGAAGGGAGACCAUUGCAAGUCUUGGAGCUAAGCAACAAACCUGGCAGUCAUCAGCCAGGAAGGCCAGAGGUCAAAUUCAUUGGCAGUAUCCAUGGCAACGAACCAGUUGGGAGAGAACUUGUAUUGUCCUUAGCUAACUAUCUACUGAUGAGCUAUGGGAAAGAUGAUGCAAUUACAAAGCUUUUAGAUACAACUCACAUCCACAUCCUCCCCACCAUGAACCCUGAUGGCUCUGAGAAGACUAAAGCACUCCAAGGAACAUGCUUUGGAGAUGAAGGAAAAACAAAUGCAAAUGGAAUCAACUUAGAAAAUGAUUACCAGGUGAACGUGAUGAACGCAUCAAUUGACGUCCAACCAGAGACCAGAGCUGUUACUGAUUGGCUGAGCAGUCGACCUUUCACCCUUGGUGUUUCACUCUUUGGUGGGACAGUGGUGGCUCGCUAUCCUUAUAACUCACAGAAAGGGGGAGGCAAUAUAAUUCAAACAGCAGAUGACCAACUCUUCCAGCAUCUUGCCAAGGCAUAUGCUAAUAAGCAUCCCACAAUGCACCUUGGUAACCCACAAUGUCCUGGAAAUGCAGAGGAGUCUUAUCCCAAUGGUAUUGUAAAUGGUGCUGAGUGGAAUGCUCAAGAUAAUAAUAUUCAGGAUUUCACCUAUGACUUCCUUGGUUGCUUAGACCUGUCAAUCCAUACAUGCUGCUGUCUGUACCCCAAGGCAUCAGAACUCCAGGACCUUUGGAAGGCACAUAGACCAGCCCUGAUAGAGACCAUUAAACAGGCACAUCGUGGAAUCCAGGGCUUUGUUACCACGACUCAAAACAAACCAUUAGAGGGUGCUACAAUAACCAUCAGUGGUAUCCAUAGGAACCAUGUGGUGACAUCCCAGCAUGGUGACUUCUGGCUUCUCCUGCCAGAUGGUCAGUAUUCUAUUACAGCUAGUGCUGAAGGUCACUCCAGUGAGGUCAUCCCUGCGGAGGUCAAUGGUCAGGAGGUGUUGGUUAUAAAUUUCAAGAUUCCAGAGAAGAGCACCAUCAUGGGUUUCCCAAUUUACCUCUUCUUAGGAAUGAUUGCUUUGAGCUUUGCUGUUGUGCUUCUUACUGUUGUGUGUAUCUCCCGAUGCUGUCGUUCAAAGGCCCAGCGAGCAAGACGAACGAGAGGUUUCUACCAACUGGAUCAAAGCAGAAUGUUUUCAGAAGAAUACCAUGAUGAAUUUGCGCUAAAAACAAUCAGAAAUGGUGACAAAAAAUCUCUCAUUAAAAAUAUGGAAUUCCAUGAUUUUUCAGACACAGAUAGUGAAGAUGAUGAAACUUUCAGAAGGUGAUUGUAACUCUAACUACUCCCUAAUUUUUUUUUAAGUACUUUUUUAUUUCACAAGUGGGUUAUAAUUCUGACUACAAAUGUGUAAAUUAUUCGAUAAAGAGGGAAUAGUGUCUUUAUAAAGUUUUCUUUCAAGAAGUGCAGUUGAAAUAACAAUUAGUUGUCAAUGAUUUUUAUGACAUGAAUAUUACAGAGAGAUUUAAUGUUUUGUUGCACAGACUGAAAUCAUGCUCCUAUUGCCUUAUGGGAGAUAAAGCAAGAAUGUGGCAUGGAGCUUAUGAUGAUAGAGAUACUAAAAAUCCUCAGUCUUUUUAAUCAUUCAUUCCAGUGUAUCUUUUCUAAAUGUUGGUAUAAACUUAAAGUAAUUUACCAGGAUUUUAUUUUGUUGACCUUGGUACAAAUUAUGUACAAUAUGUGUAAAAAAUAGAUAUACCCAGUUUGGUGAAUUAUUGGUUGGUCCCCCAAUGUUUGUUUGUGUAUAAAUUUGUUUAGGCUGUGUGAUAUACAUAUUCAUAUACACAUGAUUGUUAGUGUCGCAAUGAUUUAGAGGGGGUAUUCCUCAAUUUUUAGCGGUAAAGAUAACGAUUGAAAUUACAAGCUGAUUUUGAUCAUGUUUCACUAGCAUUUCUACAGUUGCAUGAAGAAUUAUUCAACUUGUUUUGAAUAGAUGGGGAGUGAUAUUAUCAGAGUGCAUUUAAGAAUUCUUUGUAGUUCCCAGUUUCAUCAUUUAAAAAAUCAUAUUACCGCAAAACAUGGUAAACACAUUUUUCAUAUCAUGUUUGAUUAUUGUGAUUCAUUUUAUUAUCAUUAUAUUAUAUUGUUAUGUUAUUUACUUUGACAUUUUUAUUAUUGUUCUUUCAUUAAAUUCAUGCAUGUUACAUCUUAGCCAGAGAAUGAAAUGCCAUUGAUAUUCGAGUACUCUUCAUAACACAAUGCUAGAUAAAUUUUUUUCCCAGUAUGGUAUUCAAAAUGUUAUUUCCAGCAUAAUUUAUGUGUUAACAGGCUUCCAGACAAUGAGAAUGGCUAUAGAAUGACCACAUCAGUUUUAAUUUUGUCCGUUAUUUUAUUUGAUUCCGUUUGGUUUAGUUAUUUAUAACAUUUUGUUUUAUGUAAUUAUUAUUAAAGAUGAAAUGUAAUUUCUUGAUGUUUUUAUUAAGUUUAAGACAUCUCACCUUUUAUUCUGCACCUUGAAGCAUCCAGUGCCUUCAUUUCUCCUAAGUUUGGCCAAAGAGACAUUUGGUUUUUUUUUAUGAAUAUGGCAAUGCAUCACACAUAAUUCCACAAAACAGAAACAUGCAUUCAUUUCUCUGGGCUUCCUAUUAAUUGCUAUUUCAGCAUUCAUGAAAUGAAUAUUGAUUUAGAGUGUUAGAGAAAUUGACUAUUAUUUGCUUACAUGCCUCUAUAUGUGCUUAUUUUCAACAAAGAAAUUAUCAGAAUUUCCAUGUUCACCGAACUACAUACAAUGUACUUCAUAGAUAUUUACCUGAAUUCAGUUUAAUGUAGCAUUAUUUUUCUAACUGCCUAACGCUGUAUUUCGAGCAUUUAUUCCAUUCUUGUUUUAGAAUGUCAAAAUAUGUGGCACUACAGCUAUACAAGUAUACCCAUGGCUGCAGAGUGAUAAGGUAGAUCACUCUCACUCAAAAGUAUAUAUUUGUGUAAAUACAUGACGCGAGGUGAGUUACCAGUGUCAGAAAAAGAUGUAUUUGUCAUGCUUCUGUAGAAUUAUUUUUAAGGUAUAUUUUAGGUUAUUAAAGACAAUAGUGUAUAUAAGAACAAUAUCUUACAGACCACUGAGUGUUGACAUCCAUCAUACAGUUCUAGUAUUUACAGUCAAAUGCAAGAUGUUUUAUUCUGUUCAUACUCUAUGCAUGUGAAAUAGGCUGAUUUCAUUGGUCAUUAUCUUAUUUUAUUUUUAUUAUUUUUUUUUUGCUUUUGAUCAUUGUCUUCCAUACAGCACAAAAUUAUUGAGGUCUUCUUUAUGAGAGAAGUUUGCAUUUAUUUUUGUAUUGACACUCUUGCUUCUUCCAUUUAAUUUUGGGGGUUAUUUGGUUUUUCUUUUUUUUUCACCAUUAUUUUCUUGUGCAAUGAAGACUUGCACUUUUGUAUGUGAUUUUUUUUAAAGCAAUGUUACUAUGGUAUUUACCGUUGAUUGGAUAAAUUUGCUUUGUUGGUAGAGACAACUCUGCAGCAAUUCGUGUAUUUAGAUGUAUACCAAUUAGUUCAGAGCAUGCACUAUUUUUGUGAGCUCAAUAUCUCAUCUUUGUGACACAUUUUUUAUUAGUUUCAACUCAGAAGACUUUUUUUCAAACACUGCAUUUUCAAAUGCUUACCUUUAAUUUUUUGUCUUUCAAGAAAUUUGCCUUCUGUGUGAUGCAUGUAGUCCAUAAAUCAGUAUAAGAUUGUUCCUCAAAGCUAUGCUAUAUUUCAAGAAUAGCUUUACAAACCACAUACAUGCACUUUUCAUUAAAAUAAUGUUUAUAUGUAUAUCCCACUUGUUUGUACUCAAUUUGAAAACAUUCUUGAUUUUUUUUGUAAAAGUAUUUAAGCACUAUUCACUUGCUCUUCAUAUUUUAAGUUGAGGCUUUUGGGACCCUACAAAAUCUGAUCCUUGCUGCUUUACACCCAUACUUCUGACACCCAUAAAGAAGGGAGAAAAAGGCACAUCACAGAUUAUGAUGUGACUUAAAGACUACAUUUUACUCUUUUUCCCCCCAUUUUCCUUAAAUUUUACUGCUAUAAUGAAGACUAAUCAAAUCACAGGUACAUACACUACAAGAUUUAAAAGACAAAGCAGUAAAGGAUUUUACAAACUUUCUUUUGUCUACUUCUCACAAUCAUUAAAAAAUUUCCAACAUAUUUCUUUAUAUCCGUUUUCAAGUUAAUAACUCUAUGAAUUCAUUUUGAUUAUGUGUGGAUAAAAGGUCGGAGACCUACAAUGAAAGUAUUAUGAAUUUGCUAUUAUGGCGUAUGAUAUUAUAUGUAUUAUAUUUUGACUAUAUAUUUAACUGCCAAUAAAUCUCAGUUCUAUAACAUA